GCCUUGGAAAUCUUAGCACAAUGCCAGUAACCCGCUCAAAAUCGGUGGGCAACACCAGCGCCCUGACCUCUACGCUGGGCAUUGUUCGCCUCCUGGAAGCCCUUUUCACCUGUGUGGCCUUCAGUUUAGUGGCCAACCGGGGUGCCUGGAAUGGCCGCAAUGGGGACUGGUGCAUGUUCUCAUGGUGCUUCUGCUUUGCCAUCACCAUUGUCAUCUUGGUGGUUGAGUUUGCUGGCCUUCAGCAUCGCAUGCCGGUCUCUUGGAAGAACUUCCCCAUCACUUUCGCCAUGUAUGCUACUCUGAUGUGUCUGUCUGCUUCCAUCAUCUACCCGAUGCUCUUCAUUCGGAAUCAGAAUCUUUCUAAUGAUGAACGGGGAUACCGCAUUUCUGCCACUGUGUUUUCUUGCCUAGCCUGUAUAGCUUACCUCACCGAGGUCAGCAUAACCAGAGCUAAGCCAGGAGAAGUGACCGGCUACAUGGCGACAGUCCCAGGAUUGCUGAAGGUGGUGGAGACUUUCAUUGCCUGCAUCAUCUUUGUCUUCAUAAGUGAUCCACCUCUUUAUGACGACCCAGAUGCUCUUAAGUGGUGCAUGGCGGUCUAUUGUAUCUGUUUCAUCCUAUCCCUUGUGGUGAUUAUCCUCUGCAUUGGCGAAUGCACUGGCUGGUUGCCAUGUCCAUUCAACAAAUUCCUCAGCGGCUACACUUUAUUGGCUGUGCUCAUGUAUGCCACUGCCACAAUUAUUUGGCCUAUCUACAACUUUGACAGAAAACAUCAGGGACAGCCAUCUCGACCCUCAUACUGUAGAAAUCGCAACAUGUGUGACUGGGACAAGAGGCUUACCGUAGCUGUUCUAACAGCUAUCAAUCUGCUGGUGUACCUUGGUGACCUGGUGUAUUCUACACGGCUGAUAUUCAUCCAGGGGUAGACAGUGGCUGGCAGUAAGGCGAAUCAAGGCAGCAGUGCUCAAAAGAAGGGAAGAAGAAAGGGGAAAGAGAGGAAGGGGUCAUGCUUUUCUCUCUUUUGCUUUUAUUUGUUCCUUUCUUCUGUCUCUCUCCUCUGCCUGCAAUCCUGAUCUAAUUCAUUCUUUUUCUCUCCUGCACUCUUUCUCUCCAGCCUUCUCAGUUUCCUUGCUCUCAGUCUGGAUUCAUGCUCUGUGCUUGCUACACAAUAAUUCUUUUCCUCUCUCCAUCCCAGGUCUAUUGCACAUAAUAGCCAAAUGAUCAUUUGUUGUAUGUAGAGCUUGGGAUGGCUCACAAAUGUUUCUGCCUAAUCAUCUUUGGCUAUUCCGAUGUAUGUAUCUUCACCAGUAUAGUUUGUCAGGAGCUUCAGGGCUAUUAAUGGUGGUGAUGGUGGUUGGAAUUGCAGGUGCCAGUCAAGAAAAAAAAAGCUGAGGGGGGGGGGCUGCACUAUCCUUGUUGGAAGAAUGCUGUGAUGCUCAUUUGUUACACUCCAGGAUACAGGUAGU